UCAGGAAACUAUUACAAUCAAGGAGAGGUUCGUAAGAAAGAACUGGAAGAGAGUUGUUUUCUUCUGGGGAUUCCUGCUUCCGAUGUAACAGUCGUUGAUCACAGGGAUCUUCCUGAUAAUCCUGCUGUUGAAUGGGACAUGCAACUCCUCGCCGCCUUAGUGCUAAAGCAUAUAGAAGCCAAUAACAUCAACCUGGUGGUAACCUUUGAUGCGGGAGGAGUGAGUGGUCAUGCGAACCACAUUUCUCUUCACACUGCUUUAAGGUACCUGCAUUCCCAGCGGAAGUUACCUGAAGGGUGCUGUGUGCUCGUGCUUGAAUCGGUAAAUCUCUUCCGGAAGUACAUCUCUGUCCUGGAUGUACCCAUUUCCUGCCUCCUGCCCAGAGAUGCACUCUUCGUACUCACAGAGGAGGAGACGGAACAAGCCAGGAGAGCCAUGCGGUGUCAUCGCAGCCAGCUCCUCUGGUUUCGCCACAUCUAUAUGCUCUUCUCACGUUAUAUGGUGAUCAAUUCACUCCGCCUGCUGUAA